AUGGAGGCCAGCGUCCGUUGCGCCGCCGUCAUCUUCCUCCUUAUUUUCACGCAGGCCCUGACUGCUGUUCACUCACAGGAGGAGGAGGAGAUGCUGCAGGUGGAAGAGGAGCUACAGGAGGAGGAUCAGCAAAUCCUGGACUCCUGGACUCCCAGUAACGUGCAAGAGUGUACAUGCGACUGUGAAGCCAUCGCACCCACCCGCUUUCCCAACCCCGUUGUGACCGCCCCGCCCCCGCCGGAGCGCCCUCGGUACAGCUCGCCCAACUGCAUGCCCGAGUGCCCGUACCACCGAGCUCUGGGCUUCGAGUCGGGCUCGGUGACAUCGGAGCAGAUCAGUUGCUCGCACCAGGACCAGUACAGCAGCUGGUACUCGUCCUGGGUCCCCAAUAAGGCUCGACUUAACAACCAGGGCUUUGGGUGCGCGUGGCUCUCCAAGUACAACGACCUGCACCAGUGGCUCCAAAUCGACCUAAAGGAAGUGGGCGUGGUCUCGGGCAUCCUGACGCAAGGACGCUGCGACUCGGACGAGUGGAUCACCAAGUACAGCGUCCAGUACCGAACCGUGGAAACUCUGAACUGGGUCUACUAUAAAGAUCAAACAGGAAACAACAGAGUGUUCUACGGGAAUUCGGAUCGCUCGUCGACAGUGCAGAACCUUCUGCGCCCGCCCAUUGUGGCGCGCUACAUUCGACUGCUGCCUCUGGGCUGGCACACUCGCAUCGCCAUACGUAUGGAGUUGCUCAUGUGCAUGAACAAGUGCACCUGA